AUGGCGCCGUUCUUUUAUUCAGUGGCUGUGGAUGGCCAGUCCCGCAUUAAAACCACGCAGUCAGAAUUAUCCAUGGCUACUGUCGUGGUGUCCAACUUGACGGGUCUCAUGACGGGCGGAAUGUAUAUUUUGCUCCGGUCAAGCAAGAUCGGCAAGCUUGGCCCCAAGGGCUACUUCGAAUUUGACCGGAAACGGUCCAUCAGGCACCCCAAGUCGAGCCCUCCGCACAGCUUCAUCUUUACGAGACAGAUGAAGCAGCCUGUACCGCUGUCUACGCAAUUGCCUCCUGCUCGGCGCCAGGAGAGCAGCCUGUACACUACCCAGGACGUCGAGCUUGGGCUUGGUCCUGUACAUGCCCUGACUUCAGAUGAGCCCCCAAAGCCGGACGGCAUGGCUGAAGCUUUCGCGGUUGGUGUAGCAACUACCACUCCCGGCCCAGUCUCGUCACAAGAAGCACAUCCUCGAAAGAACUCUACCUAUAACAUCUUCCCGCGAGACACCGUCUCCGACAAGCCCAUGUAUACCCUCCCGGCCACAGCCUACAUGUCUUCCAGCAAAGAAGACAAAGAUCAGGCGGUCAACCCUUUUGAUGACGAAUUACUUCCUCCUCCCACCAUCCGACUCUCAGGUAGCAGACACAACCGAGAAUCAUCCCUAGGCACAUCAGCCACCGUCCCAAUCGGCAUCCGAGUCUCGAACAUUAAUGACAUGCCCUCUGUCCAGUCAUACUACGAAGUCCCGCCUUCACCUCGAGCCAUGACUCCGACCCAACCGGUUUCAAGUGCGCCUGUUCCCCAGAUUCCAGACACUCUCGCCAUCUCCGAAGAUGAAGCCUCAGAAGAAGACGACGAUAAACAACUACCCCCAGUGCCUUUGGCCCUGUUGAAGAAGCAGCCCGUCAAAGAAGUCGACGAGGAGGAAAUUCGUCUCAGCCCGACGGUGUACAGUCCCCAACGGACCCCUAGCAAAACUAAAACCAAGGCGAGCAGUCCAACUGCACGGCCUGUUGGCCCUACACACAGUCCAGAGAGCUUCUCGCCUGUCAAUGAAGCCGAGUGGAUCUAA